GACAUUCAGCUUGUAAUUUUGAAACCAUAUGUACUUUGACACUUUUAUCAGAGAGAUGGAACAUACCAUCAACAUGUUUGUCAAAAUGAAAUAUUUACCUUUGUUGAUGAUGUACUGUGUGUAUGAAUAUUUUCAUUUCAUAAACACUCAGAAGACUUGCCCCGAAAAUUAUAGAUUUAGUUUUUCAAAGGAAAAAUGUAUAGAAUGUGACGCCGGUUACCACGGUUUGAAUUGUUCUUUGUCCUGUCGAUUUCCUAAUUAUGGUGAAGAUUGCCAGAACCUUUGUCAAUGUAGACUGGAGCUUUGCAGUCAUAUUUCAGGAUGUGCUUACGAUGCAGAUAAUGAAGAUGAUUGUUCAAGUAAGAAUAUCCUGAUCAGUGUUCUGGCGAUAGGCGGAACUUUACUCAUUAUCGGAGCCUUCGUUGUGAUUUGGAGGGCUAACAGGAAGUUCUUCACAAGACAUCUAAGAAAUAACGCCCAUUAUGUUGCUUCAGUAAUGGCAGAGCAAUUUAGUAAUGCACCCACUACAAGUGUAUAUCACAGGACGGCCAACCCAGUAAAUGCUACCACAGCAACUGACAAUGGAGCGUAUGCAUUCGCAAUACAAUGAAAUACGAAAAUGUCAAUCUAUAGUGACGAUUAUUCUUAUAUGUAUUAGAGAAAUAA